AUGUAAGUAUAUCAAGAAUAAACCUUCACAGAAUCAAAAUAAUUGACUUAUGAUGAGGCAUUAACAUAAGUUGGUGGAGCAGGGUUAUAUUAAAAAAGAGCUUUCUUAAUAUUUGGAUUGUAAUGGCUAAUAACCAGGUUAAUUAGAAAUAUUAAAUUUUUUAGUUGGAUAUUGUUUUCACCUGUUUUCUUUUUUAUCAAACCAACAAUAGAUUGUCGGUCUAAUGCUGAAUGUCUAAAUUAGUGUUCUUCUGAAUCAUUAGAUGAGAAAUGUUUAGAUUAUGUUUGUGUAAAUGAUUUUAAUAAUUUAGGAUGAUUCAAUACGUAGAGAAUUUGUUGUUGGUGAAUCAUUAAAUACAGCUUUCGAUGCUUUAUUACCUUGUCACAAAACUCUAUAAUCAAUAAUCUAAUCUACUGUUUAUCUUGGAUCUGUCUCAGGAUUGAUUAUUUUCUCAUUUAUUGCUGAUAAUUAUGGUAGAAAAUUGUCAUUGUCAAUUUCUUGGGCUAUGACUUCAUUUGGAGCCCUCUUAGUUACAGUAUUCUAUAUGAAUAAUCUUUAAGUUUGCUAUGAAUUAUUAGAUGAUAGCUAUAGGACUUUUCUUCUUAGGUUUUGGAGGUAAUCCAACAAUUACUGUACAUUAUUCAUUUAUUAAUGAACAUUCCUGUAAUUUAAUUAUAUCAAAGAUUUUAUAUAGAGGGUAAUUUUAGAGAGGUCUAAAAUGUUGGUGUCUAAGUGUUUUUUGCAAUUGGUGAAUUUGCUAUUAUAGCAUUAGCAUAUUUUAUUACUUAUUGGAGAUGGUUAGCAGUUUCAGUUGCAAUACCAUCUAUUUUAUUAAAUAUUGGUAACCUUUUGAUAUUUGAAUCUCCUUAAUUUUUAUAUACAAAAAAUAAGAAAAAAUGUGUAAAGAUUCUAAAUUAAAUUGCAAAAUUAAAUGGAACUUAAUAUAUAAAAAUAGAUGAUUUGGCAACUAAUCCAUAAACAAAAGAGAACAAUUCCAGGGUAUAUUCUAUUUUGGAUUUAUUAAAAUAUAAAUCCUUAAGGUAUGUAUUUUUUGCAGGAGUAAUGAUGUUUUUUGCAAUAAAGGUGACAUAUUAUGGAAUUAGUUUUGUAAGUGAUUAGUUAGGUCUCAAUUUCUUCACUACUAAUUUCAUUAUUGCUUUCUUUGAACUCUUAGCUUUUGCUACUUUAGGUAAUAUAUCUACAUAUUUUUAGAUUUUUUUAUUACAAAAUUGAAAAGAAAAACAAACAUUAUAAGUGGGUUCUUUAUUGUAGGAUUUAUGAGCUUAUAUUUCCUUUUCUAAAGUGAUCACAUAGUAUUUCGAAUCUUCGAAGGCAUUUUGGCAGGAGUAUAUUUAUUAUAUAAUUGUAAUAGUUAAUGAGAUUUCUAAUAUGUGCAGUUUGGGCUUUGGGUUAUAUUUAUGUGUCUGAACUAUUUCCUUCUGUUGUUAGAUCUUUAGCCUUAUGUUUAAUAUCAGCAGGCGGAUCUUUUGGCAGUAUAGCUUAAGCAUUUUUAAGUAAUUUAUGCUCAUCUCUUAAUGUUCAUCCUAUGGUUGCUUUUGGGAUCAUUUGUGUUUUAUGUGCUUUACUAUUGUUUCCAUUAAGAGAAACUUUACAUUAGCCUUUGAGAGAAAAAAUCGAAGAAGACUAAACUCGUAUUAGAUCAAGUAUGCUUCAUAUAAACGAUUCAGAACAAAUUACAUCACCCUUACAUGAUACAUGA